AUGACCACUUCUCCAAAUCAAUCGAAUCGGGACCCUCAAAUUGGGAGUGGAAACACGUCACCAGAAAAACACUGGACAGGACGUCUGCAGCAUCUAGGAUGGGCGGUAUGUCAUCACGCACAGAACUAUACAGGCGUAGGAAUUGUGUGUUCCGUUGCAUACUUUGACCCGGGGAGUUGGGGAGUCGAUCUUCAGGCAGGAUCUCAAUACGGCUAUAAGCUACUCUUCGUCGUUGUUUUGGCAGGUUUAUUCGCUGCAUUUCUUCAAGUUCUUGCAUGUCGACUCGGUGUGGUCACUGGGCUUGGUAAAUCCAGCUUCCCUAACAGAUCUACAUACCUCGCAUCCCACUGUCGCAUUCUCUUUCAUGGUCGACCACAUCAUACGAAACUUUGGCGAUGGGCAGUCCUUUACCCACUUUACGUGCUCUCAGAGGUAGCCAUCGUCAGUACCGAUCUUACUGAGCUCCUAGGCUCUGCAAUAGCCCUCUGUCUUCUUUUUCCAGCUCUUCCACUCUGGGCUGGUGUUCUGAUAACCGGAGCCGAUGUCUUAUUGAUACUGGCACUGGGCAACCCUCUUCGCGCUAGACCAGUGAGGAUUUUCGAAUGGAUCAUCGCUGCACUUGUGUUUGCUGUGCUCAUCUGCAUUGCAAUCAUUAUUGCGAGGGUCACUGUCGUCUGGGGUCAAGCCUUCGAUGGACUCGUUCCUUCUCAGGCACUUUUUGCCAAUGGCGCUCUUUAUACAUCCGUCGGAAUUCUGGGCGCGACGGUGAUGCCCCACAGUCUGUUCUUGGGUUCGCAUCUCGCGACCCAAGAUCGGUUAUCCAAAGAAUUAGUCGCCCCAGUCUCCCAGCUUUCGGAUAAUGCUCAUGAACGAGAGUCGCGAGAGGUAGGAUCAAGGCGCGAGCCCUUGCUAUGCUUUAGACGGGUGAUCCGGCGAAAUUGCCGGUCCUUGUUCAUAGUAUCUCGUGUCGAGUUAGGUGCCCGUCCGAAGUCUCAUGAACAUAGAGAGAAUAAUACCUUGGAGAUUCUAAUACUCGCCAGUGCCGUCUUUUAUUAUGGAUCAGGGGCGUAUGGCUCUGAAUCUUCAGCUAGCUUGUUUGAUACGCACACUCUCAUCAACAACACGAUUGGCAAAGCUGCUGCAUUGUUAUUUGCGCUCGCCCUGCUUGCAUCAGGCCAAAGUGCUUCUAUUAUCGCCACUGUAGCAGGGCAAAGCGUCUCUGAAGGAUUCCUGAACUGGAAAGUUUCGCCCAUUGUGCGGCGCCUCGUGACGCGCCUGCUAGGUUUGAUACCAUCUAUGACUAUUGCCAUUGUCCUUGGAGCAAACGGCAUCAACUUUUUGCUUGUCGCAAGUCAGGUCAUCUUGUCGAUAGUCCUCCCAUUCAUCACGUUUCCGCUGAUAUACCUCACCUCAUCGUCGCGCAUUAUGCGAGUGCGUAAACCAUCCCCGGGCAGUAAGAGUAUCAAUCCACUCGACAGUUUGGAAGCUUCCUCCCCGCCUGCAAUCAAAUCAGUAGAUUCCGACCCGGAGAUGCUUCAGACACAGGACUUCGUGGACUUCAGUAGCGGGAAGUUCAUGACGUCGCUUGGGUGCCUGAUAUGGCUUGUGAUUGUGGUAGCUAAUGUGUAUGUGCUUGUAACUCUGGGAAUGGGACAAGGUGGUAUAUUCAUCCAUUUCAUGGGUAUUAUCGGAAUGGCUCUGCGCGCUCUGUAUAUCAAUCUUUCCAUUCAGAGCGUGGGUUAUCGCGAAUCCAUCGUGCGCAAUUGGCCCGUCGUCUUCGAUAAAAGCCAACGUUCUGCUUGCAAGACCGAGAUCGUUUACUACCAGCUCCCAGUCUUGCAACAGCUUCCAAACCAACGGGCAUAUGCCGGGGAUUUACUCGACGUGUUUCCUUCCUCAAGGGAAGAAUGCGAGGCCCAAGUGAAAAACUUUCAUGGUGCUAUCUUCAAGAAACUUAACACCGAGACGGAGGCUCUCGCAUUCAUCGCCAGAGAGUCGUCGUUCAAGCCGCCCUCUUCGGGAGCGUCCUCGUCUACAGUAUUGCCUGCUAUCAAAAGCCCUCCGUGGGUCGCCUCCACGAGCGUGCCGUCAACAUCGUCGAACUCAGGCGCAUCCCACACUUCGGCUGCUGUAAGUGUCGACGAAGAUGAGCCUGGAAAUAUCGCUGAACGAUGUCCUGGAGAUCAGACCAAUAAUAGGGCAGAACUUAUUGCAAUCGUUCGGGUAUUGGAGACCGCACCAUUCUCCCAGCAACCACUCAUGAUCAAAACGGACUCAAGCUAUUCCAUACAAUGCUUCGAAUCCUGGUUGCCAAAGUGGAGCGUAAACGGUUUUCGAACGGCCAAUGGCCAACCUGUUAAGAAUGCUGAACUUAUCAGGUACUUGGCGGCAUUGCUGUAUGCCCGUGAAAGAGCAGGACCGAAAGUCAGGUUCAAGCAUGUCAGAGGUCAUGUUGGAAUCGAAGGUAAUGAGUGCGCCGACCGAUUGGCCAAUGAUGGCACUCUCAAACCAGAGCUGCCGGAGCGGGAUUGGGUGCAGCUAACUCGUGACUUGGAAAACAAGUCAACGAUAUCGAGGGUGAUACCUGAGUCAGUCAAGGUAACUGACCAACUAGUCCCGUAUUAUGACAUGGCUAAGCCAAUUCCAUCGAAGUUGAACGCAGCUUCAUCGCGACAAAUCGCUAGUAUAUCUGCUAGCGGUUCCUCUAGCAGUACUAGGCUUCCACAACCAUCCGUCACAACGCGUGUUUCGUACCCUCCAAGGGACCCCACACCUAAACCGGCGACUCUGAGCCAAGCAGAAUUAGAUGCCUAUGCAAGUUGCCUUCUUGACGUCGACCAGUUCACCAAUCUGGAGGUGGAUGAUUUGGAAUCUGACUUCUAG